AGAGAGUGAGAGAGAGAGGUCCAACGCAGAUAUUUAAAGUUCGCGGUAGAGAUAAGGGAGCGCUGUGCGGGUGAAGGGGGCUCGGCAGAUUGUUGCGGAGAGUAACGCGGCGAGGAACAGGCAGCUCGCCGCCAAGGGGCAGAGACACGAGAGAGAGAAGGGGGUUCAGCAGAGAGAAGGGAGGAAGGAGGAGAGUUGAGGACGAGAGAUCGUUGCGAUGGGUCGACUCAGCACGGGGCUCCUGCCGCUGCUCACGCUGGCGAUGGCUGCCACCUCGCUCACCCACGGCAAACUGGUGUCACAGGUGGUGCCCACCGUGGUGAACCCCAACCUGCUGGGAGCCGUGACGCAGACGACGGUCGCCCUCCAGGCGCCCUUCUGCAGCGCCCUGGAUACGGAGGUGGCGGCUCUCGGCUCGGUCGCCGCCAACCUGCGGCUCUUCGUGGUGGCCACGGCGCAACGCAACGUGAGCAACGAGAUGAUCACGAGCUCGUCGAUCGGGCUCGACAAGGGAUACGCGGGCUCGGGCGCGGGGAGCAGCAGCUGGUACGUGGCUCUGGGGGGCCGCCCCCUACUAAGCUGCACCGGCUCCCCGCCGUCGCUGUCGAUGUCCACCAGCUACUACCGCGUGGGUGCCGACUCCAUGUGCAGCGUGGAGGUCACGUGCAACGGGCCACUCAAAGCCGGCACCUACUACUGGUUCAAGUACCUCGUGGGAACGGUGGCUACCAACGGGGCCAUCAGCGGCGCUUACCUCGAGUCCUCCUGGUCGAAACCCAUCCGGCUGAACAAAGCCGGUGACCUCAACGCGAUCGGCGUGACCCCUGGGCCGCGGUCGGGCGGCAUGGUGGUGGUGACGGUCAUCCUGGUCGUGCUCCUCUCCAUCGCCUUGAUCGGGGCCGGCCUGGUCUUGGUCAUCAGCAGGUUCCUGGAGCAAGGUGCGUCCGACGUGAAAAAGACCCCGAUUAAGAACAAAAAGGCCCCGAUGAAGAACAACGGAGGUCGUCAGGCCGACGACGUCGACGGCCGCCGCAACGCCGGCUUCGCUGCCGAGCCGGGCCCCGGGCUCACGGUGAGGGAGCCGGCACGGCCGCUGCAGGUGCCACCGCCGCCGCCGCCGCCGAAUCGGUCGUCUCGUAUGGAGGCUGAUGACGGUGAUGGCGGUGACUGGGAUGAAUUGGAGGUGGCGACCCCCGCCGACAGCGGACUGGACACGUUCUCCGCCAGAGACUCCUUCCGCAUGCAGGUGCUGCAGGAGGAGCACCAGGUGCAGCACGAGGGCAGCAGGAGAGUGGGGCCGAGCGGUGUCGACGGAGAUGACCUCUACUCGACAGCCAUCACCCUGCCCAAGGCCACGGCCUAAAUCGAGGGUCGAAGCAAGAAGGCCUCGCAAACUCGAGUUGCGCUGCAGUUGAACUUGCAUUGGCGAUCGUGCUCGCACGCUGCAAGGCACGAGAGGGCAUUAUAGCCCGCAGGGUAUCUCAGUAUCGGAUAGUAAUGCAAAUGCAGUAUAAUACCAGAACUUUAUAUAUAUUUUUUCAACGGUUAUGUAGGUAAACGGUAACUUUGACGUGUGACAAAUAUGAAUACAUCCUAUACUAGCGUAUGAUGUUUAACCACUGCCAGAAGAGUACAUCGAUGAUUGCAAACACGUGACACGCUUUCUGUAAAGCAGCGUUGGAUCACUACUUGCUAAGAUGGCUCGAGCAAGUUCACUUUCAACCAAUAGCUCUGUCGGUCAACUCCAGCCUCCAGCAUUGUGUCGUACACAAUCCCAACGCAUUGCGGUCACGGAAUUGGCAGCGUAUAUCGGUACUGCUAUUGUACAAUAAUAAUACUAUACAUAGCAUCAUUGGGCAUGCCCGUAUUUACCGGUAUUGCAAGUCUCGGUGUCUGGAGUACUGGACAUACUUGCAGUUGUUUCCUAGCAUUUAAAUGGAAACGCUGCGAGGUGUAGAGGCCACGGUCACAAGCACACUCAGGAUGUCAAGGCAUCAACACAGGAGAGUGACGAGCAAUGCAUUAGGAGACUGGCAGGCAUCGUUGUUUGAUUAUGAAUCGGCAAAAUUCUAAAGCAACCUCCAGGAAUUGAUGUAUAUACACGUACGUUGAACUUCUUUCGCACCGUACGUAGCCAGCCAUGCUAAUCGGAGGUGCGGCGGAAGGACAACAAACUAUGGGUCUCUGUGUGAUGAGUCUAUGGGUCUCUGCGCGAUGAGUCUUUGGGUCUCUGUGCGAUGAGUCUAUGGGUCUCUGUGCGAUGAUUCUAUGGGUCUCUGCGCGAUGAGUCUAUGGGUCUCUGCGCGAUGAGUCUAUGGGUCUCUGUGUGAUGAGUCUAUGGGUCUCUGUGCGAUGAGUCUAUGGGUCUCUGUGCGAUGAGUAUAUGGGUCUCUGUGCGAUGAGUCUAUGGGUCUCUGUGCGAUGAGUAUAUGGGUCUCUGUGCGAUGAGUCUAUGGGUCUCUGUGCGAUGAGUCUAUGGGUCUCUGUGCGAUGAGUCUAUGGGUCUCUGUGCGAUGAGUCUAUGGGUCUCUGUGCGAUGAGUCUAUGGGUCUCUGUGCGAUGAGUCUAUGGGUCUCUGUGCGAUGAGUAUAUGGGUCUCUGUGCGAUGAGUCUAUGGGUCUCUGUGCGAUGAGUAUAUGGGUCUCUGUGCGAUGAGUCUAUGGGUCUCUGUGCGAUGAGUCUAUGGGUCUCUGUGCGAUGAGUCUAUGGGUCUCUGUGCGAUGAGUCUAUGGGUCUCUGUGCGAUGAGUAUAUGGGUCUCUGUGCGAUGAGUCUAUGGGUCUCUGUGCGAUGAGUAUAUGGGUCUCUGUGCGAUGAGUCUAUGGGUCUCUGUGCGAUGAGUCUAUGGGUCUCUGUGCGAUGAGUCUAUGGGUCUCUGUGCGAUGAGUCUAUGGGUCUCUGUGCGAUGAGUCUAUGGGUCUCUGUGCGAUGAGUAUAUGGGUCUCUGUGCGAUGAGUCUAUGGGUCUCUGUGCGAUGAGUCUAUGGGUCUCUGUGCGAUGAGUCUAUGGACCUACGUUGAACUUCUUUUGCACCGUAUGUAGCCAGCCGUGCUGCCAAACAGUCUGAAGACACUGUACAUUCGAGUCGAAUUCAUUUGUGUCGGAAAACAAAACACCGUUUCCUCCCCCCCCCCCCUGCACUCUGCUGCUUUGAUUGUGGAAAACUCUCGUUUAUGCAUCCUGAAAGCUUUUAUACAAAUAAUAAUAAUAUUAAUAAUCCAUGCGUUUGCAUACAAGGCUCCAGCUAGACAAUGUGCCCCAUAUAUAACGUGUAUAUAUAUGCAGUAUUUGUCAAUAUAAAUGACUAGGCGGGAAUGAUAAUUUUAAAAUGGGGAAAAAAACUAAACAAAAAUGAUCUUUUGGGGAAAAUUGAAUCGACGGUGUAAGCAGCAGAUUGUGACCGGAUUGCAAUUUGAUGGUCCUAUCGGCUGAUUUGAUGGCUGAGAUUUGCGUAAAUGUUAACUGUGAAAAAUAAUGAUAUAUUAUACUGUGAAAAAUUCUGUGGUAAGUAAAAAAAGAACGUCAAAAUGUACUUGUGUAUACAUGAAGGCAUGUGGGUUAUCAUCGUUAAACAUACAACGCCGCCUCUGCUGUAAUAAAGCCCAAGACGUGGAUAACGCCCCA